ACGUGAUCCUGUCAUGAAUCCCCAAGACUAUGCAGCAAUACAGAGGUCCCUUUCUUUCCUAGUUGUCGACGUACUGCUUCGAAGUUCCAAUUUCUAGGAGCGACUAAAGUCGCGAGUUGGAAGAAGCUGCUUUGCCUUUGCGACCACUGGAUUCAUUUUUUUAGCCAUUGAUUGUUAUUGAGUGUUUCAAAGGAAAAAAGAAGUCUUAUUAUAAGUAGACACAGCUUGUUUUUGUUGUUGUUGUUGCUGCUUUUUAGUACUUUAGAAGCUCAUCUCUACGUCUACAACGAAUUAUCAGCUGUGUGGUCAGCUCUUACAAGAAGGUACAAAAAUGGUUUGGUUUGUCACUUCUCUUGUGGCCGCCGUCCUGGCCGUGAUGACGGACGUCUCUUGGGCUGUUUGGUGCGUGCGAGAUGGGAGUGUUGGCGCCUUCGGCAGCACCUCAUCGUCAUCAGGUACGGGGUCUUCUUCGGUGCGCGCCCCUGCUCGUGAGGUCACUCCGGCCACUGAUCGCACCCGUCUUCCGCCCUUUGGUACCAGCUUUGCUUUCUUGGCCAAGGAUAAAAACGGAGAACAGAAAGAUUUGCUUUCGAAGUUGAACCGAAGUGUUCCAGAUGUGCUGCACUCGAGAAUCAUUCCGCUUGCGGCGGACUACAUGCAGUCGGCUCUUAAACGCUUGCUCACGAAGGCGGGCAUCUCCUCGUUUGUUGAAGUACUAGGUCAGCAACAUCCUGGGUUUGAUGGGUGGCUGUUCAUCGCGGACGAACACAAAGAGGAUUUUCAUUCGGCAAUUCUGGACUUCUGCCAUGCUUUCGUUCCCAAACUGGAUCACAUUAUCCGCCGACGAGACGGUAGUCCUCCUGGAGGAGAAGCAGAGAGGUCCCAUCUUCAAGUGGAUCCGAACUACAUGAAUAAAGUCGUGCCGCUGAUUGAGCUUUCCCUUCCCGGGUCAAAGAAUCUCAGCGGGGACUUAGAUUUGUGGAUCCUCUGGCGCGCGAAGUAUCCACUUGUUCUUAGGAAGAGUACUGCUUCUUCUUCGCACAAUGAGGAGAAUGAACAAGAAGGGAACGAAGCUCCUGCAGGAGAUCUGUCAUCGGGUGUUCAUCAAUUGGAUGAAGCGAACUUCACAGAGGAAACCUUUAGGUUCGCCCUAAUUGGGAAAACAAAUCCGAAGAAGGAUGCAGGGACUGUGGAAUACACGUUGAAGGUGCGUGCAGCAAAUGACAAGUUGAUGCUAGUUUUUCACUUUCGUCCCAUGUGAACUCCUAUGUUCAGUGGAUGGAGGAAUCUACUAGAGCUGUUGACUUACCAAAGGAGAAUUUACUAAGAGGGAAACGCCCAAGAGGGGAAACUACACACAAACAGUGAUAGCGAAAGACUAGUACCUGUAAGCGUAGCUGAGAACAAGGAGGAUGAUGGCAACCAGAGCACCAUGACCAUUGACAAUACCCUAGGGCACGUGGAGGCGGAGCAUUUAUUUUGUGCUCCGACUUGUAUCCAACCAUUUUUUUUGAAGCUUCUAAACUAUAUUAUGACUAUAAUAAUGCGCCUUCAACAUCCUUGCUCUCUUCGCAUACCAGAUAUGAGUCUACACAAGGAAGAACAGACAAAAAUAGAGCUAGCUUGUUUCUUACUCUGUCCGUGUCCACCAUGAGGGUAACGAACUAGCUCAACAUACUAGAUCCAACGCGUCCACCUUGGUGUAUAUCCAUCUUCCUAAGCAUUGUUGAGGCUGCACAAAGUCAAAAGUUUGAGGAUAAGGGUUAAGAAUGCAACAAAGACAGAGGAUGCACAAAAGGUUGAGGAUGGGAUCCAAGAUGAUUAUCUCCACCAAGCAUCCCUCAUUCCGCACCAGUGACGCGUCGUGGCUUUUCCAUCAUAUCAUGACUGUGGCUUUGAGAGUAGCGCUAGCAUUGUACCCAUUCUGGGAGUAUAGGGAUUCGAUAAAG